GAUUAACCUCAGUGUGAGUGUGGUGCUGUUGUAGGUACAACGUGCGAUACGCGUUUUAGUGAUUGUUAGAGCGUCGCUUUACAAUGAGAUCAAAACAGACAUAGUUGCAAUACCUACUUAUAUUUCGUUUGGUGUUUGAAUUGUUUAAUUAUUUAUAAAGUUCGUAAUAUGACACCUACACACGAGGAUGGGCUCGAGCCCCCCCACAUCGUGGUCCUGGACGGUGGGUUCUCCACGCAGCUAUCUUGUCACGUAGGUCACGUCAUUGACGGCGACCCCCUUUGGAGCGCGCGCUUCUUACACACUCACCCCAACGAGGUCGUGAAUACUCAUCUCGACUUCCUUAGAGCUGGCGCUCAUCUAAUCAUCACAAACACCUAUCAAGCUUCGGUUGGCGGGUUCGUGGAGCACUUGGACAUGACCCCUGAGCAAAGUUAUGAUCUCAUCAUGCGCGCAGUGGACCUGGCAAAACAAGCGAGAACCUUAUACCUCGAAGAAUAUGAGGACUACAUACAAAAUGAUCUCAUCCCACUAGUGGUUGGAGCGGUGGGACCAUAUGGUGCUCAUCUGCACGACGGGUCAGAAUACGAUGGCAGCUACGCGGAUACCACAUCUGUUCAGACUAUGCGGGAAUGGCACCAACCACGCAUUCAGGCCCUUGUGGAAGCUGGAGUAGAUUUAUUAGCGCUGGAAACGAUACCUUGUCAAGAGGAAGCUGAGAUGCUGUGCGAUUUGUUAAGGGAAUUCCCUAAUGUAAAGGCUUGGCUUUCAUUUAGUUGUAAGGAUAACCAAAGUAUAGCACACGGUGAAAGCUUUCAAAAAGUUGCCAAAAAAUGUUGGGAAGCCAAUCCAGAUCAGCUCGUGGCUGUGGGAGUGAACUGCUGCGCGCCAUCUUCUGUGUCGAAUCUGUUAAAAGGAAUCAACGAUGAUAGACCAAACGCCCCUAUCCCACUGAUCGUUUAUCCAAGUUCGGGCGAGAAGUACAACCCUCAGAUUGGGUGGAUUGACCGUGACAAAUGCGAGCCGGUGGAAGUAUUCAUCCAAGAGUGGCUGGACCUGGGCGUGCGAUACGUCGGUGGGUGUUGUCGCACCUACGCAGCAGAUGUGUCCCGGAUACGCAACCAGGUGCACUGCUGGCGAGACCGCUGGCGCUUCCAGCAUAGAUACCAAGCGGAUACGUCGCCACAGAAUAUUAAUUAACUCUGACUAUAGAAGUACAGACGCUGGCGACCACAGAAAAAAAAUGCGGGAAACCAAAGUUUACUGGCUUUACUAAGCCAUAAUUGUAAUUUAUAAGGUAUCUGCAGCGGUUCAUAAGCGGAACAAAGAGGUAGGUAUACCACGACAGAGAUCUAUUUAUCUUAGAAAAAAAUUGCAUAAAAGAAAUGUUCUCAUAGGCAAUUCUAGAACCUAGGUAUCUUCAAAACCGUAGCAAAUAGUCUUAUAUUAUCAUAUAAUAUCUGUUGCAAAGGACAAUUUAAGGCGAUUUGCUUUUGCUUUAAGUCAUGAUCAGGGGCAGAUUUAAUACGAAUGAUUGCCACCACGUCUCUCUGUAAGGCUAGAACAAUCUAAUGAUUUAAAACAAUUGAAUUUGAAAGUUAAAACCUUAAGUCAGUGAUAAGUCAGUGAUAGGUGAUAAAAUUAAAUAUCUUUGACUUCAAUAAUCUGCCAUUACCAAAUCGACUUUUACCUGAAUCCUGCAACAACUGUGAUUCGAUGUAAAGAAUAGCUAGAGCGUUCAGCCUGUCUGUUUAUUUUAAGUAAGUAUUAGUUGAUCACCAAGCCGAUCGCAAAAUUUUACCCUACCUAGACCACUGGCCAGGGUCUACUCGGCCUAGAGGAAAAUCAAAGUGGGAUUAAAACCACUCAAUAAAUAAUAUGUAAAUUCUUUAUACCUUUUAGAUUAAACAACUCUCGAAUUGAUAAGUAGACUAACACUUAUUGGAAUAUUCUUUUAUUUUUGUGUUUUGUUGGUACAAACAUGACUUUAGGUCAUAAAUAUUGCACUAAUUGAAUUAAUUAACAAAA